ACGGGCCGAUCUGCAGUGCAGUCUGGGAGCUGUCAAUCGUAUCGCUUUGUACCUCUGGCACUCGCAACUGAUGCGCUCAUCACUGUUUAUGAACACGCAGCGGGAAAUUACGAAGACAAAUAAGAAUAUGUAGAAAAUAUUCGGACAUUUUCCUCUUCCGGAGCCUGGUUGUCAGUAGACCAGAGUGGUUUUGGCCGCUGCUUCGGAGCCGGGCCCUGCAUCUCCAUCAGUUACCGACCCGCUAGCGUUAGCCUCUGCUAGCACCAGCACCGACCCCGUCAGCCGUUUUUAGUCUCCAAACCGGGCACAUGGUUGAAUGACAGUCGGUGGCCGGUGUCGUAGAACGGUGUGAUGUGCAUAUGUGUGGCCGGUGUUUAACAGUACCGUCAUAACUACCAGGAGAAUGAAUGCAGAGGAAGUGGAGCUGCUUAGUGACUCCAAGUACAGGAACUAUGUGGCAGCAGUGGACAAAGCCCUUAAGAACUUUGAGUAUUCCAGCGAGUGGGCGGAUCUUAUCUCAGCGCUGGGAAAACUCAACAAGGUUUUGCAGAAUAAUGCAAAAUACCAAGUGGUUCCCAAGAAGCUGACGAUAGGGAAGCGUCUGGCCCAGUGCCUCCACCCCGCCCUGCCCAGCGGCGUCCACCGCAAGGCCCUGGAAACGUACGAGAUCAUCUUCAAGAUCAUCGGACCCAAGAGGCUGGCCAAAGACCUCUUCCUCUACAGCUCUGGUCUCUUCCCUUUACUGUCCAACGCUGCCAUGUCUGUCAAACCCGUCCUUCUGGGGCUCUAUGAAACCUACUACCUGCCCCUGGGGAAGACGCUGAAACCAGGCCUCCAGGGGCUGUUGACCGGGGUCCUUCCAGGUCUGGAGGAGGGGUCCGAGUACUACGACAGAACCAACACCCUGUUGGAGAAGGUGGCGGCGGCGGUGGAGCAGUCGGCCUUCUACAGUGCCUUGUGGGGCAGCAUCCUGACCAGUCCUGCUGUGCGUCUGCCGGGGGUUUCAUUUGUUCUGCUGCAUCUCAACCGCAAACUGUCCAUGGAAGACCAGCUGUACGUGAUGGGCAGCGACAUCGAACUGAUGGUGGAGGCGGUCAGUACCUCGGUCCAGGACUCCAGUGUGUUGGUGCAGAGGAGCACCCUGGACCUGAUUCUUUUCUGUUUCCCCUUCCAUAUGAGCCAGGCGACUCGCCCCGACAUGAUCCGGAUCCUGUCGGCAGCUUUGCAUGUGGUUUUGAGAAGAGACAUGUCCCUGAACCGCAGACUCUACGCCUGGCUGCUGGGCUUUGACAACAACGGGGUGAAAAUAGGCCCCCGCAGCACUCGCCAGAGUAAUCCAGAAGAACACGCUAGCCAUUACUUCAACAGCUUCUCAAAGGAUAUGCUGGUCCAGGCGAUGGUGGGAAUCCUGCAGGGAAAAGCCCGGGGUGGUGAAGAGGAGAGCAUCCUCAUGCACGACCUAAAGCCAUUCCGUAUCCUCAUCAGUCUGUUGGACAAACCAGAGCUCGGUCCAGCGAUCCUAGAGGAUGUACUGAUCGAGGUGUUUCGUACCUUACACAACCAGUGCCGAACAGAGUUGGACCUCCAGAACCAGAGUCCAUUCAGCAAAGACCACACCCACCUCAGCAGUAAACUGCGAGAAAACAAGAAGACGGCCGAGCUGAUUAAGACGGCCAACCUGCUGUUCAACUCCUUUGAGCCGUACUACAUGUGGGACUACAUCGCCCGCUGGUUUGAGGAAUGCUGCAGGAGGACGGUGAAAAGCAACACAAGGGCACCGCGGCAUUCUGGGACAUUAGACACUCCAGAACUGUCACUGGAGGAGUUCUGUCAGCUGGUGGACUUCCUGUUGGACAUCGUCUCCCUGCCUACUAGAAGCAUGAGGGUAAUCUGCCAGGAGACGUACAUAGAGAUCCAGACUGAACACCUGCCUCAGCUGCUGCUGCGGAUGGUGGCGGCGCUCACCUGUCACCUGCAGGCGCUGGGCCUCGCUGAACUCACACACUGCCUUCGCCUCUGCUCCAAGAUCCUCAGCAAAGUUCAGCCCCCACUGGUGUCCCCUUUAGCCCUGCCCCCCGGACCCCAGACCCAGACCCAGGGCAUGUCCACCUCCAGCGGUACCCCCUUAAACUCAGCAAGAGACAAGAGCAGAGGAAAAGACGACAAACAGACUCUUCCUUCUACUUUGGAAGUACCCGGCAGUGGAGAAGUGUUUGAGGAUGGAGAGAACGCUCCCAGCGGUCGUUCAUCUGAAAGUGGUUUCACAGACUUUGUCCAGUACCAGGGCGACGGUUCCGAUCCGACCGAGCAGAUCCCCAGUCCCCACCCUGCGGUCAGAACCGGGCGCCGCUCCUCGGGCCCGUCUCAGACCAAACCUCUGGACAAACCCGUCAUGCAGUGUUGCCUGGAGCAUUUCCAGCAGUUUCUGUCGCGUCUCAUCACCUUGUACAUCGUCCCUGAGCCGGAGCGAGGGGACGCCACGCCCUCGGGAACCCUGGUCGUCGAAGGAACCCAGCUCAGUCUGGUCCAAGCGGAACCGGGCUCCGAGUCCGGGUCUGGGUCCGGGCUGGUCCAGAAAGAGUGUGUCGCUGCCUUCACUGCUGCCUGUCAGCUGUUCUUAGAAUGCUCCAGUUUCCCCGUCUACAUCGCAGAAGGGAAUCUGAAGUCAUCGCCUACACAGGACGAGCACUUUAAUAGUGAACAGCUCCGCCUCCCGGUGUGGCUGCAGACGCUGAUGGACGCCUGCUGCUCGGCCGCUGACUUCAGCCUGCAGGGCGUGGCCAUCUCCCUGCUCAUGGAUCUGGUGGGACUCACCCAGUCGGUCGCCAUGGUGACCGCAGAGAGCGUGGCGUGCGGCGGUCCGUCCGAGUCGGCCCAGCCCAUGAGCCCCAGCCAAGGUCGAGUGGCAGUCGUCAUCAGACCGCCGCUCACCCAGGGGAUCCUCAAGCACAUCGCAGACAAGACUGAAUUCUUUAAGAGUGUGGCGUUGAUUCUGUGGGACCAGCUGAGCGAAGGAACCCCUCAGCACCAUCAGCGCAGCGUGGAGCUCUUCUAUCAACUCCAUAACCUGGUGCCUUCGUCCAGUAUCUGCGAGGACGUCAUCAGCCAACAGCUCAUGCACAGAGACAAGAGAAUCCGGUUGGAGGCCCAUGUGAAGUUCUCCAUACUAUGGCAUCUGACACGAGACCUGAACAUGACCAAGUCUUCUCCGUUUAAUCGCACAUUUGACCGAUCCCUCUUCAUCAUGUUGGACAGUUUGAGUUACUGGGACCCAUGUACCAGCGCCGUCGGUCGGGCGUGGCUGAACCAGGUCCUUCAGCGACAUGACAUAGCCCGGGUCCUGGAGCCCCUCCUCCUCCUCCUGCUCCACCCUAAAACCCACCGAGUGUCCAUUCAGAGAGUCCAGGCCCAGCGCCACUGGACCCAGGCCUUCCCUGAUCCGCCUGAACAGGACACGACCGACGCCAUCUACACACGGGACUCCGGCUUCUCUGACAACUUCAGUCAUCUUCAAGGUGAAAGGAUGACACAGGAGGAGCUCCGAAGCCUGGCGAUCAAUGACAUGGAGCCGUUCUGUCUCACCGUUAACCCUUUGAGCGACAGUCUGUCUUUACUGAGUCUGAGCAGUGAGAACCUGCAGCUCGCCGGUGAAUAUCAACCUGCUGACCAGCAGGGGGAGCGCAAGAGCUCCGAGUCCAGCGCCUCUCAGUCCUCUACAGUGGAAAAUGGAAGCUUUGAGGAUCCAGAUGGCGGCAACAGCACCGCCAACGGCUCCGACCAACAUCCGGGUUCCUCAGAUUACAUGUCAGACGACUCCAUCGAAGAGGCCGUGUCCUGCAUCGUACAAGAGCUGAUAGAACGGGUUCUGGUUUUAGUGGAUGAUGGACCGGUAGAAGUCUCAACGGCACCGGAGAACUGGCCUCAGACAGACACUGACAGCACCUCCUCAGACACCUCCACCGGCCCCCGUCUGGACCCGGGUGCUCCUCACGGAUCCAACCAUCAGACUCUGCCGGAGAUGCUCGCUGAAGGAACGCUGGAGUUUCUUUCGGUCGCCGGCGUCGAGGAGCAGCACAAAGAGGGAAUCACGCGCCACAGUUCAUCGCCAUCCAUCGUGACGUUACCGGACAGCUCCGACCCGGCCACCCCCGACCACAGCCUCCGCGUCGACGACCCCCAGGCCCGCAAACGCAGCCACAGCAGCACCCAGCUCAGCCUGAAGGGCAAGAUCAUGGAGAGACUUGCUGACAAAUCUCCAGGAGCCAAGCCCAAGAUCAAGAAGGCCAAGAGGAAGGAGGAGGAGCGGCAACGGAAGGCGGCGAGUCAGGCCGAGAAGCUGCGCCCGCCCAGUAUUUUCUUCGGGGACAGUCUGGACCUGGAGAACUGGUACAGCUGUGGGGAGGGGGAGGUGUCAGAGAUUGAAAGUGACACCGGUUCGCCCAGCGGGGGCUCCGUGGGGCCUCUAGGUGGCGCCGGCAGCGUCACCGGGCGUAGGUCGUCCUCGGCUCCUCCUCGUUUCAACAUCCAUCCCCUCUACCAACACGUCCUGCUCUACCUCCAGCUCUACGACUCGUCACGGGCGCUCCACGCUCUGUCGGCCGUCGCAGCCAUGCUCCGAGCCGUGCCCUCGGGGUUCGUGAGCGCCAUCUCCACCACCAGCAUCAACAACACCUACACUCCACAGCUGUCUUUGCUCCAGAACCUCCUGGCCCGUCACAGGGUCUCUGUCAUGGGCAAAGACUUCUACUGCCCCAUCCCUCAGGACUCCCACUCCCACUCAUUCCGCAGCGCCAUGUACCUGGAAAUCAUCAUCUCGCUCUGUCUCUACUUCCUAAGGAGCUAUUACUCCGCCCACGUGGCAGCAGGGCCUCAGGAUUUGGCGGGAAACCGGGCCAUGCAGCUGACCAGCGUGGAGGUCUUAACUCUUCUGUUCAAUGAACUCGGCAAAGUCACAGGUGGCUCCGCUAAAGGCUUCGCUAGUUUCAUCAGUGACGUCCUCUCCAAGUGCAAAGUUCAGAAGGUGGUCCUCCACUGCCUGCUGUCCUCCAUCUUCAGUGCCCAGAAGUGGCACGAGCAGCGGAUCGCCGGGGUCAACGUGGCCACGGUGGAGGAAGGACUGUCAGAGGACAGCGUCAUCAACCUGUCGGAGGACCAGAUCGACAGCUGCAGCGCUGUCCAGUCCCAGCUGCUCAGGUUACUGCAAAGUCUGGUCGUACUGGAGCACAGGGUCCUGGUCCCAGCUGAUGAAGCAGGAGAAGGAGGACCCGUGGGUGGAGGGACGGGCGGCGGUGGGACGGGCGGCGGCUCCGGGGCUGGUUACGAGAUCCUCGGUGGUGAAGUGGAACACGUCAACCCUCAGCAGCCAAUGACAUCGCUGCAGUAUCUCCACGGACAGCCAAUCACAGCCCAGGGCAUGUUCCUGUGCGCGGUGAUCAGGGCGCUUCAUCAGCAUCACGCGUGUAAGAUGCAUCCGCAGUGGAUCAGCCUCAUCACUGCCACACUGCCCUACAUGGGGCGGGUCCUAAGGAGGGUGGUGGCGUCGGUCACUCUGCAGCUGUGCAGAAACCUGGACAACCUUCUGCAGCAGUACCGCUACGAGACCGGGAUCACCGACACCAGGCCCCAGUGGAUGGCUCUCUGCAUCCCUCCUGACCUCAUUCUAACGGUGCUGGAGGGGGUGACGGCCAUCAUCCAUUACUGUCUACUGGAUCCCACUUCCCAGUACCACCAGUUACAAGUGAGUGUGGACCAGAAGCACCUGGCUGAGGCCCGCUCAGGCAUCCUGUCCAUCCUCCACACCAUCAUGUCUUCAGUCACGCUGCUGUGGAGCGUCCUCCACCAGGCCGACAGCUCCGACAAACCGGCGGCUGCUUCUGCUUCAUCAACAUCCAACAUCAACCUGGGCUCCACCAAGAACCUCCGGCAGCAAAUCCUGGAGUUGCUGGGUCCAAUUUCCAUGAACCACGGCGCUCACUUCAUGGCAGCGAUAGCGUAUGUUUGGAAUGAGAGGAAACAGGUCAAGGCUCCAGUUAGAAACAAGGUGAUUCCUUUGGCCAGUGAAGAGCAGCUGCUGCUGGUGGAACUGGUCCGAUCGGUGAGCGCCAUGCGCACCGAGACCGUCAUGCAGACGGUGAAGGAGGUUCUGAAGCAGCCGCCGGCAAUCGCAAAGGACAAGAAACACCUGUCCUUGGAGGUCUGCAUGCUGCAGUUUUUCUACGCCUACGUACAGAGAAUUCCUGUGUCCAGUCUGGUAGACAGCUGGCCGUCUCUGUUAGCGCUGCUGAAGGACUCGGUUCAGUUAGGGCUGCCGGCGCCCGGACAGUUCCUCAUCCUGGGAGUUUUGAACGAGUUCAUUUUAAAGAAUCCAAAUCUGGAGAGUAAGAAGGAUCAACGCGAGCUGCAGGACGUGACACAUAAGGUGGUGGAGGCCAUCGGGACGAUCGCAGGCUCGUCUCUGGAACAAACCACGUGGCUGAGGAGGAACCUGGAGGUGAAGGCGUCUCCUCAGAUUAUCGUGGAUGGAACAAACCUGGAGGCCGAUGUAGAAGAUUUAAUGCUCACAGUGAUGGAGGCCUCCAGCUUCACUCCAUCAGUCUACAGUGUUCAUGCUCUCACGCUAUUGGCCGAGGUGUUGGCUCAUCUGUUGGACAUGGUUUUCUACAGCGACGAGAAGGAGCGGGUCAUCCCCCUGCUGGUCAACAUCAUGCACUAUGUCGUCCCCUACCUCCGCAACCACAGUGCUCACAACGCCCCCAGCUAUCGGGCCUGUAUCCAGCUGUUGAGCAGCCUCAGUGGGUACCAGUACACCCGUCGUGCCUGGAAGAAGGAGGCCUUCGACCUGUUCAUGGAUCACACCUUCUUCCAGAUGGACUCCUCCUGUGUCAGUCACUGGAGAGCCAUCAUUGACCACUUGAUGACCCAUGACAAGACCACGUUCAGAGACCUCAUGACUCGGGUCGCCGUCGCUCAGAGCAGCUCUUUGAGUCUGUUCACCAACAGAGACGCCGAGCUGGAGCAGAGGGCCAUGCUCCUCAAACGCCUCGCCUUCACCAUCUACAGCAGCGAAGUGGACCAGUACCAGAAGUACCUGCCAGAUAUACAAGAGCGUCUGGUGGAAAGCCUGCGUCUUCCUCAGGUUCCCAUCCUUCAUGCUCAGGUUUUCCUGUUCUUCAGAGUCCUGUUACUGCGCAUGUCCCCUCAACAUCUCACCUCCCUGUGGCCCACCAUGAUCACCGAACUGGUUCAGGUGUUUCUACUAAUGGAACAGGAACUAACAGCAGAUGAAGACAUAUCAAGGACUUCAGGUCCAUCUGUAGCCGGACUGGAGACCACCUACUCUGGAGGAAACGGGUUCUCCACGUCCUACAACAGCCAGCGUUGGCUCAACCUGUACCUGUCUGCAUGUAAACUCCUGGACCUGGCCUUGGCCCUUCCUCCAGAGAGUCUUCCUCAGUUUCAGAUGUACCGCUGGGCCUUCAUCCCAGAGGCUUCGGACGAUUCAGGGUUGGAAGUACGACGCCAGGGGACUCACCAGAGAGAGUUUAAACCCUAUGUGGUCCGACUGGCAAAGCUGCUGAGAAAAAGAGCCAAGAAGAACCCAGAGGAGGACUGCUCCAGCCGGACCCUGUCCUGGGAGCCGGGCCACCUGAUGUUAACCCUUUACGUGAUCCGCAGCAUGGAGCAGCUCCUGCCCUUCUUCAACCUCCUCAGUCAGGUGUUCAACAGUAAGGCCAGCAGCCGCUCAGGACCGGCCUUUACCCACAAUCCCACGGACGCCGCCUUCCCCGGACACAAAGACGGACACAAACUGGAGAGUCAGAAGGUAUUCUGGAGCCGAGCCAGGCAGAACAUUGAGGAGAUGGUGGAAAAAGACUUUCUAGAAGGACUUAUCAAGACGUGAGGACGCCACCGACGGCGAUUAACAGACGAUUGAUCAACACUAGUGAAAAACCUCAACUUGUAAAAACACGGGAAUAAAAUGGGAAAAUAGUUUGUACAUGUUUUGUAUUUAUAAUAAUUAUUUUACUUUUCAGAAGCCAUUGUAUUUAAUUUUAAUUAUUUGUACAUACAGAGCAGCUUUGAUGACUUUUAACAUUUCAUGUGAGUCCUUUGGGACAAAGUACAGAUGCUGUGCCAUUCCAUAUCGAUGUGACUUAAUAAAGAUUUCUAAUGACAGGAUCACGGCUCUGAA